AUGGACCAGUUCCACAAAGACGAUGAGGUCGAAAAUACUACGGAUCCGGCAGUGGUGGGAAUGGCGGAGAUUUCACCCACUGAACCCAUUACAAAGAUAGACCCCGAUGGUCCACAAGAGGAGCUUGAACCUCCUUUGCAAUAUUAUCAUCAGGAAGUGCUGGUACAAGAGUUGAACACCAUUAGGGAUUUGAAGGGAGCGCAAGCACAAAUGGUGAACGCCGUCAAUGAGUUACUAAGGGCAAUGGGCUACAGAUCUGCGGACGAUGAUAAAAAAUAUAAAUUCAAGUGGAGCAGUGUGUCUACUUACAACUUGUUGAAGUAUUGCUACGAGAUUGGGCCCUUCUACGGCUUCGAAAAUGGAAAGGAUCAGACUCUGCGAAAGCUAGAACAAAGCAGCUUCAUCUCGUUAAAAUGGGUAUGUGUAUGGUACAAUGUUCUUAGAUCUGUGGAUUUUCCGUCGCGAGUGGUGCCCACAGAGCUACAGUGUAAAACGCGGUUCAAAUACCUACUGGAGCAGGCACACUCGCGUUUAUUUGUUGAGGAAGCCAAGAAAGACUUCAUACUCACAGGUGUGCCCAGAUUGGACCUGAUGCUAGAAAAGGUCACAAAUCUCAAGUAUGAAGCCGAAGAAAGGAAGGCAGACCUGCAAAAAUUUGAGGGACAACGAGUUAAGCGGAGUGCCGGGGAAAUGCUGGGUGACACUACGGAUCCUGCUCUUGCCAGCGUCGAACCAGAAAUAGCGGAAUUAGACCGCCUCGGAAGUGAAGGCGUGGGUUCUUCAAAGCGCAGAAUCGAGUCGUAUGCUACUGCGAGAAGGGAUGGCGAGGAGUACCGUUCCAAGCAAUUGGCGGUGCAGAUGGAGCAGCUGGCAGUAGAACACGAGCGGCUGGCAUUUUUGCGCCAGCAAGAAAUACGCAAGGCAACAGACUCGAAUGUAAAGCGGGUAACUUCCAUUUUGGGGGUCUUGGGUUACGCUCACGAUCUGGAUAAUGAUCAAUUGCGUAUUAAGGACACAUUACUCCACGUUCUGCAAAACUCAUUACACGAGCUGCGAUCUUAA